AUGAUUCCCACAUGCAUAGCAAUCCGCCUGACGCCCGUAUGGAUUUGCUUGCUUGUCCAUUUUGCGGAUGGAAAGUGGCCAACUCCUUUUCAGUGCCUGGCACGUGUGCAGGACUAUGGCUUUUCCGUCUCGGCAUUUAAGCGUAACCCGCUUGUCCUCGUAACGCAUAUGUUUGUGCAUGCUUCUGAUGAACACUUUGUGGGAAACGUGAUGCUGCUAUUGUGCACACUCUUAGAGCUCGGGGAAGAUUGCUUUCAGAUCGGUGUAGCGGACCGCGGCAUGUGGAAAAGCAUCAAGGAGGCCGCUGGCGCAACCGCCGUUCUCAUUAUUGGGGGCGUCAGCGGUGUUGCUGGGCAGCUGCUUUUUGACUACGCGCAGUUGAAGUGGAAGAGAUGGAAGGGAAUGUUCUCUGUGAAGGGUCUCAUCGGUUUCUUUCAUGAAGAAGAGGAAGGUAUCUUCUCCACCCUUAAGUCACAGUUUGACAGUUGGGUUGGUAGUGUAACGUACAGUGUGGGAAAGCACCGGGUGGAUACAUCCUUCAUGUGUGGAGCCAGCGCUGGUGGAUACGCGAUUCAUGGGUUUGGAGCAGCCUACAGGGGCACUUGGAUUACUGUGUGGAUGGCAGCUGCUUUGGAGGUCUUCAAACUCGCUACCGCAACACUCGGGGGAAAACCCACAUCGGGAUCAUCAGGUACGGGAUGGGGGUGGUGGUGGGGACCUGGCGAAACUGUUGGCCACGCCGCCCACUUGGGGGGUUUAGGAGCUGGAGUUUUAAUGGGGUUGGGAUGGCGUUGGUGGCGGGAGCACAGGCGAAGACACCGCUUUCGCCGCACGUUAUACACUUAA